CAUAUCCCGACUCCACCCCGUUUGCCACCCUAGAACCAACUCUGCUUUCCCCCCUUAUCCAAUCUCUUCAUCACUUCCAGCUCUUCUAAUCGACUCUCGGUCCACACCUUCACCAUAUGCAGUAACAUCAAAACCAAGUCACAAGAAAAUGUUCUCUUCUUCACUAUCCCCAGCUUUGACCUCCACACCCUCUUCAUUGAACCCCCUCUUAACGCUUUCUCAUUUUCACCCAUUCUCGACUUUCCCCAUAACUUCCAAUGCCAAAAAUGUGAACCAUUCUUGUUUAAUUCUGAAGGCUCAGACUUUAGAAUUUUCGGGUUCCUUCUUUGAACGUGGGUUCGGGGGAGAUGACGACCCGCCAACUGCUCCCGGGUCGGGCAUUACCGCUGUUGAAGAUAAAGAGGAGCCCCAGUGCCCUCCUGGAUUGAGGCCAUAUGAAACUAUGGCGGUUUUAAGGCCUGAUAUGUCUGAAGAUGAGCGACUCGCUCUUACCCAGAAGUAUGAAGAGUUGCUUGUUGCUGGUGGUGGCAUGUAUGUGGAGGUGUUCAACCGAGGGGUUAUUCCCCUAGCCUACAGCAUCAGGAGGAAAAAUAAAGCUGGAGAGACCAAUACUUACUUGGACGGGAUCUACUUGCUAUUUACUUACUUUACCAAACCCGAAUCCAUGACAGCUCUUGAGGCAACACUUAAUACUGAUGAUGAUGUUAUCCGAUCGUCCAGCUUCAAAAUAAGGAAAAGAAAAUACUAGGUAGAUUAGUUAAUUGAUUUGUUUAGCGGUGAAAGGGGACGACCGCGAUGAGACAGGUAUUGCUCAUUUCACCUCACUAAUGUUAUCUUCAGAAAGUUUUCAGAAUGUAUCAAUUUCUAAUGUUUGUAAGAUUACUGAAAAUUGCAAAUACAUUCUGCUUUUGUAUACUCCAAUUCGGCUUCAUUGUAAUUGGUUAAAUUAUUGAGCAGCUGAUAGUCCUAUCUGAGGCUUGUACACA